AUGUCGAUGCUGGCCUCGUCUCGCGCGAUGCGCACGCUCGCGCCACCGAUGCGGUUUGCUCAGGUGCGUGCUAUGUCGUUCAGGUCGCGGCCGUCUGUGUCUCGCCGAGUCGCGUCGCGGCUGGUGACGGUCACGGCCGUGGUGGCCGGUGCCGCGUUCGGGGUAUACUGCCUGGACUCGCGCGCAGGUGUUCAUCGCUGGCUGUUCCCGCCGCUGAUGCAAAUGUGUACGGAUCCAGAAACUGGCUCGAAGCUGUCGAUCAAGCUGCUGCAGUACGGCCUUGCUCCGCGUGAUUGUGGUGUGGAUGACGAAGUGCUACGAACGGAGCUCUUUGGUCGGACGCUGUCGAACCCGAUUGGUCUGGCAGCUGGUUUUGACAAGCAAGCGGAGGCUAUUGAUGGUCUGUUUGACCUAGGAUUUGGCAUCGUCGAGAUCGGCAGUGUGACGCCCGAGCCGCAGCCGGGCAACCCGCAGCCGCGCAUGUUCCGUCUGCCUCUCGAUGGUGCGGUGAUCAAUCGCAUGGGCUUCAACUCAGACGGUCAUGAGGCGGUGCGUGAGCGCCUGCACAUGCGCCUGCACCGCUGGGUGCAGCGUGUGCUGGCGGCUGGCCAGGGCCUGGUUUCGUCGGUCGGUGCGCCGGCGACCGAUGCGAAGCACCUCACGGAAGCACAGCUCUUUGCCAAGUAUCCCGACAUUCGUGCGUCGCUGCUUGACGAUGCGCAGGUGCCGCGCAGUCUGAAACAGGACCGUCUGCUGAGCAUCAACCUCGGCAAGAACAAGACAUCGCGGGAAGACUCGGUGGUCGACUAUGUCAAGGGAGUGGAGACACUGGGACCGUACGCGGAUAUGGUCGUGAUCAACGUGAGCAGUCCCAACACCCCAGGCUUGCGCCGUCUGCAGCGCCGCAGCGUGCUCGAGGGCGUGCUCCGCGACGUGAUCACGGCGCGCGACAGUGUCGCGCCGCAUCGCACGCUGCCGCUGCUGGUCAAAGUCGCGCCAGACCUGUCCGAUGCUGAGCUGGAGGAUGUGGCCGAUGCGGCGCGUGCCACCAAGACGGAUGGCAUUAUUGUGAGCAACACGACCGUCUCGCGCCCAGCCGGCCUGCUUUCGCACGAGCAUGUGAACGAGGCGGGCGGUCUGUCCGGUCCGCCCGUCAAGCCACUGGCCCUGCAUGCCCUCGAGGUCAUGUACGCACGCACCGAGGGACGUAUGCCGUUGAUUGGCUGUGGUGGCAUUCUGACCGCGGACGAUGCUCUCGACUUUGCCCGAGCCGGUGCGAGUGCUGUGCAGCUGUACACGGGUCUGGCGUACCGCGGCCCGGGUCUGCCGCGUCGCAUCAAGGAUGACUUGGCGAAGAAGCUGCGUGCUGAGGGCAGGACGUGGUCGCAGGUGGUCGGCACGGGCCUGUCGCAGCGUGCGGCUACGUAUGCGCCUGAUGCCGUGGAACAUGUGGGUUUGUACCCUGGCGCCCAGGAUGCAUUUGAGCGCAGCGUCGCGAGUGUGCGGCACGAGAUCGAGCAGCUGCGUGAGUCGUUCCAGCACGAGCACGUACCCGAAGAGCGUCGUGCGCUGCCAUUUGACGUCGAAGCCCACGACGACGAGUUCAAAGCCGUGCUGGCCGAGGCGCACAAGGUCACGGACGACACGCCGCAGUAUUCGGACAGCGAGACACCCCACGCAGGUGUCCUGCCGCAGCGCGACUCAGCCGUGCCGGACAAUCUGCUGCUUCUCGCCAAGGAGCGUGGCUUGACACAGGGCGAGAUGCUGCAGGAGGCUGUGCUCGAGUCCACGACCGUCCCGGAGGCACACUCGCAGGCACCCACGUCGGGCGCCACGACGCUGGGCGGCUUGCAAGCGCCGCUCACGCACCAGGUGCCCAAGGCUUUCCAGCCACCGAAACAGGAGCGCGUAGUCUAA